AUGCUCCUCUUCUCUCACCCAGUGUUGGGCAGAGCCUCUGAGCUGGCCUUCCUGAAGGAGCCCAAUGAUGUCAUCGCCGUGCGUGAUCGGCCCCUGAUGCUGGACUGCCAGGUGGAAGGGGAGGGGCCUAUCUCUGUGAUGUGGCGGCGCAACGGAGUGCCCGUUCCCACCGGGCCGAAGGCUAGCGUGUUGACCAACGGAACUCUCCUGAUCAAGAGCUUCCAGAAGAGGAAAGAGAGCAAUGAGACGGACGCUGGGGAGUAUGACUGUGCUGCUCAGAACCACUAUGGCAUGUUGAUCAGCCGCAAGGCCAGGGUUCAGCUGGCAUCUCUCCCUAAGUUCCACAUACACCCAGAGUCCAAGUCGGUGGAUGAGGGUGGCGUUGCCAGACUGACCUGCCAGGUGAACGGAAUCCCAGAGGCCAGCAUCUCCUGGGAGAAAAACAGAACCGCUGUGAAUACUGAUGAUAACAGGUACACCAUCCUACCCACAGGGAUCCUGCAGAUAACCGGUGUAAGGCGGGCUGACAGUGGUGUGUAUCGCUGCGUAGCCACCAACAUCGCUAACACUCGCUACAGCCACGAGGCCCAGCUCACUGUCACUGGUAAGAGAAGCUUGGCAGCUCCACGGAUCUACAAGGAGCCAGUGAUUCUGUCGGGUCCUCAGAACCUGACCAUCACUGUGCACCAGACCGCCAUCUUGGAGUGCAUCGCCACUGGCAACCCUCGACCCAUCGUGUCCUGGAGUCGGCUGGACGGGCGCUCCAUCGGGGUGGAGGGUAUCCAGGUGCUGGGUACGGGGAACCUGAUGAUCUCAGAUGCCAACCUGCAACACUCUGGGGUGUACGUGUGCUCUGCCAACCGCCCUGGCACCAGAAUGAGGCGUACCGCGCUGGGCAGACUGGUGGUGCAGGCUCCUCCUGAGUUUUUGCAGUGGCCACAGUCUGUCUCCAGACCAGCAGGGAGCAGUGCAGUGUUCACGUGUAUGGCCCAGGGAGUUCCCGAGCCUCACCUCAUCUGGCUGAAGAACGGCAAAAUCCUGACGCCUGGUGACAACGUCAAGCUCACCAACAAUAACAGUACGCUGGCGGUAACGCGCAUCACCACUGAAGACGAGGCCAUCUACCAGUGUAUUGCUGAGAACAGUGCUGGCACCAACCAGGCCAGUGCCCGCCUGGCCCUCACCCAGUCCACGGAGUUGCCCGAGGCCCCCCAGGACCUGACUGCCACGGCCCUGUCCCCCACCACCCUACAGCUCACAUGGGUCCAGCCCGCUCCAGAGAUCACCGACGGCAUAAUCGGAUAUGUGCUGCACAUCCGCAUGUUGGGCGAGCCAGACACCAGAGAGCUGCAGGAGGCUGUCAGUAAGACUACCUUCCAGCAUGAGUUCACCACCCUGGAGCCCGCCACCACCUACUCCCUCUACCUCAAGGCUUACUCCCCUCUGGGAGCCAGCCAGCAGUCCAGCACUGUGGUGGCUACAACACUAGGGGGCGUACCCAGUUCUCCCAGUUUCUUCACCAAGGUGCUGAACAAGACGGCCAUGCAGGUGUUCUGGGAGCUGCCCAGUAAGUCGGGCAAGGUAGAGGGCUUCAAGCUGUCCUACCGCGAGGUCCCCCAGCCCAACUUCCAGGGGCAGGAAGCGUUUCCCGGUCACAUCAACACCCACACCAUCUCCCAUCUAGAACCCGCUGCUGUGUAUGAGAUCCAACUGGUGGCCUACAACGGCAAUGGGGACGGUGCUGCCAACAAGCGUCUGGUUUCACUGGCUGAGAGUGGUACCAGCGCCAAGACUAGUGGGCAGAGCCCAUGUAACUGCAAGCAGGAUGACGAGGGGUCCAUGACUGGCAUUGUGGUGGGAAUCCACACUGGCAUGGCAUGUAUCCUCUUCUGUGUUCUGUUCCUCAUGUUUGGCUACCGCCACAGGUAA